GAUUGUUCGAAGAUGGCGGCCGGGUGCUGCGGGGUGAAGAAGCAAAAGUUGUCGGGAUCCCCUGGCGCGGGGGGUCCCGGCGGGGCGGGAAGCGGGGUAGCCGGGACCGGACAUUGUGGAUCGGAACUGGGGAUUGGGUCGUCGUCGACUGUCGUGGCCGGGAGCGUGAAUCGAGUGAACGGCCUGGGGGGUCCGGGGGGUAGCGGUAGCAGCGGCGGUAACAACACCAACGCGCUGUCCGCGACUCCCGGAGGUUACAACUCCACCGGCCUCUCCCCGACUCUCAGCCCCGGCUCUGGAGCCAGGAAAAUGGUGGUUUCGGCGGAGAUGUGUUGCUUUUGCUUCGACGUGCUUUAUUGCCAUCUAUACGGAUACCAGCCUCCUCGAACACCCAGGUUUACAAACGACCCCUAUCCACUGUUUGUCACUUGGAAAAUCGGCCGGGACAAGCGGUUAAGGGGUUGUAUAGGUACAUUUUCUGCCAUGAACCUGCACUCAGGACUCAGGGAGUACACCCUUACCAGUGCCCUUAAAGACAGUCGCUUUCCCCCCAUGACGAGGGACGAGCUGCCGCGCCUCUUCUGCUCAGUGUCUCUGCUCACCAACUUUGAGGAUGUUGGUGAUUACCUAGACUGGGAGGUGGGUGUUCACGGCAUUAGGAUAGAAUUUUUUAAUGAAAAAGGAUCAAAGCGCACCGCCACCUACCUGCCAGAGGUUGCGAAGGAGCAAGGAUGGGACCACAUUCAGACCAUAGAUUCCUUACUUCGAAAGGGAGGAUACAAAGCUCCCAUCACAAAUGACUUCAGGAAGACUAUUAAAUUGACCAGGUACCGUAGUGAGAAGAUGACGAUGAGCUACGCAGAAUACAUCGCCCACCGCCAGCACCAUCACUACCAGAACGGCAUCGGGCACCCGCUCCCUCCCUACAACCAUUAUUCCUGACAGCGAGCCGCAUGACCAGUCCCUGGAGCUCUCGGCGGACAUCUUCCCCGGAGAGCCGGCCCCGUCCUGGUCUAGCUAUCUCUACUACUGUACCAUUUUAUGAUGAUAGUUUCCGCUGCCGUGUCUUCAGUCUGACCGGGGCAUGGCAGCGGGUGCAAAAUCAGCAUUAGGUGAUCGAUUAUAAACCCAGAAGAAAACAAAAAAUUCAUUUAUUUCCUCAUUUUUAAUCCUUUGUAUUAAUUUAGUUUUUGCAGCAUAUAUAUAUGACUAUAUAUAUCUCGAUCGACCCCUUUUCUUUUCUUUAAAAAAACAAACAAAAAAAA